CUCUCGAGGACCAUCUCGGUCAAACACAAACACGCCCUCACCGACGCAUGACCACAUCCUGCCCAAUGCCCAAUCGCCUGGGUUUGGCUACGGUCGUCAAGGGCACCCUAUGAUGAACCUUGGACCGAAGUUCACGCCUGGAGGUAAUGAUAAUCAUCACGGAUUUUCGUCUUUUGGGGGCGGAGGCUACGGAGGAGGUAAUCAUGUCGGUCAACAACACAGUACACCCACUUUGCAGAACGCACAGCCUUUGACACCGUUCCAGCAAGAGCAACUCGAGAUCGCAUCCCUUUCGCGCAAAUCCAGCGGCAUUCAUCACCAUGCGAAGGUCUCUGUUGAGACUGCUCGUACUGGAUCGCGCCCUUCGGCUGCUGUUACGAUUACCGACCCAAACCACCCUUCUCAGCCAAUCAUCAAUGGGUUGCACCGCAAGGAUGGACCGACGCAGGAGGCGCAGGAGAUGCCAAGCGAGGAUGGAUCGGAGAAGCGACAGGAAUGGCGUGCGUUGGAUUUGGGCGGUGUUGGCACGAGGAACCUGGCGCAGGAGUUGUUCAAGUACUCCUUCAUCACUCAGCUUUACAUCAACCACAACAAACUCACAUCGCUUCCGCCUGAUAUCAAGCAACUGAAACUUCUGACUCAGUUGGAUGUUAGCGGAAAUCAAUUGACGAGUGUGCCGGUGGAGUUGGGAAUGUUGACGAAUUUGAAGGAGCUAUUCUUGGUGGACAACCAGUUGACGACAUUGCCUGCAGAGCUGGGAACACUCUACCAGCUUAAGACAAUCGGAAUCGAAGGAAACCCACUGAACGAGCAGUUAAAGAGUCUCAUCUACAAGGACGGCACCGUCGGGCUUAUCAAGUACCUUCGUGACUCAUGUCCUGUGCCCCUUCCUCCUCCAGAAAGACAAUGGUAUAUCGGAGAUAAGAAAUCAGACGCCUCGGAUGACGCCGAGAAGCGGACACCCGAGCAUGGCAUCGACUCUUUCAAUGUCUUCUGUUACAACAUCCUCUGCGACAAGUAUGCUACAUCUACUAUGUACGGAUAUACUCCUAGCUGGGCGUUGUCGUGGGACUACCGCAAGGAAUUGAUUCUUCAGGAGGUGAUGAGUUAUGCCGCGGAGAUUGUCUGUUUGCAAGAGGUGGACAUCCAGAAUUACGAGGAUUACUUUGCACCCCAGCUUGCAUACGCCGAGUACAAGGGUGUUUUCUGGCCGAAGGGUCGUGCGAAGACUAUGCGGGAAGAGGAGCGCAGAACAGUCGAUGGUUGCGCGACCUUUUACAAGACCACUACCUUUGACCUUCUUGACAAGAAGUUGAUUGAGUUUUCGCAGAUCGCGAUGUCUCGUGACGACUUCAAGAAGACGGACGAUUUCUUCGAUCGUGUGCAAAACAAGGACAACAUCGCCACUGUUACAUUGUUGGAGAACAAGAAGACGGGCGGGAGAGUUAUCGCAGUGAAUGCGCAUAUCCACUGGGAUCCUCGAUUCAAGGAUGUUAAGCUCGUGCAGGUUGCGCUUAUGAUGGACGAGAUUCACCGCUUGGCUACGCAAUAUGCCAAGAUUCCUCCACGAGCACGACCUACAAACCACGAGGGUGAGUGGGAUCCGCCGAAGUACUCUAAUGGCACGAAGAUCCCCUUGAUCAUCUGUGGUGAUUUCAACUCCAUUGCAACGUCUGGUGUGUACGAGUAUUUGUCGAAGGGUAUCGCAACUGCAGACCACUCAGAUUUCGGAGAGUCCGCCUAUGGUGCCCUUACUUCUGAGGGUAUCACGCAUCCUUUCGCGAUGAAGUCUGCUUACGCGAACCAUGAUAUGCAGUUCACGAACUACACGCCUGGUUUCGCUGGUGUAAUCGAUUACAUCUGGUACACUACCAACGCACUGGAAGUGAAGGGCUUGUUGGGUGGUGUCGAUGAAUCAUACCUGGAGCGCGUCGUCGGUUUCCCCAAUGCCCACUUCCCGAGUGAUCACAUUGGCAUCAUGGCUGAAUUCAAGUUCAAAAAACAGGCGGAGACCAAGACUCUUCCUCCACCCGACUUUGGCGAGAGUUCCAGGAGAACGAGUCGACAGGAGACCCGUGGUGGUGCCAGAAGAUAAGGUGAUGAACGAGAGGGUAUAUGGAUUGGUUUUUAUCCGUACAUAGUCUUCUACGGCUGGCGAUGAUGGGUUUUGCGCC